GCGAAGUAGAAAAGGCCAAAAUAGAGAGCGGCCAAAACGGAAGCAAAAAAAACCUCAUCAUUCUUCAUCUCCUCUCUUCUUCAUGCUCACCGCCAUAACCACACCACACACAAGUUUUCUGUAAUCUCAAACUCUUUUAUGGGCUAAUUAAUACAUUUUCACUAGAAACGUCUACGAGAGAUAAGCACUUGUUCUAAUUAUUUUGUGAAAGUUCUUGAAUGGGUUUCUUUCCACUAAGAGUGUUACAUUUUUGGAUUUAGCCGAAUUGUUUUGAUCAUCUUUCGUCAAAGUUUUGAAUUUUACGAAAAUCUACGGGAAAAUUAAGGAGAAAACUUUCUCCUCCUUGUUUUGUUUGGUCUAAAUUUUCUCUGUUUUUGGUGUUUUUGAUCCAAUGGCUACGGUCACUGAGAUGCCCACUGAUGUUGUUGUUGUCGACGAUGUUAAUGGAAUUAGUACCAAAAGUGAUGGCGAAAAGAUCAUAGAUGAGGGAAUUGAGAAGAGCUCGAUCACGUGUUCUAAAACCGAGACUGAAUCCGAGCUCAAACCCAAAUCCGAGUUUGAUAUGCAGAAGCUUGUGGCUAUGUUCAAGAAACUCAAUCCUUUGGCGAAAGAGUUUUUUCCUUCUUACUAUGAUCCGAAGAAGAACCAUCACGUCGGGAAAGCUAAUCAAUUUCUAUCGGCUGACGAUUUUGCCACCACCAAUAAACAAUCUGGUGAAGAAUUUGAUCCUGAUGCCAAAAAGGAUGACAAUACCCGCAAGAGAAGAAACUAUAGCCAAGGGAGGAGGAGGUUAACUGGAAGAAUUUCUAAGGCUCAAAGAGAGGAUAGUAUUAGAAGAACAGUUUAUGUUUCCGACAUUGACCAGAGUGUGACUGAGGAGGGUCUUGCUGGCUUGUUUAGUAACUGUGGACAAGUUGUUGACUGUCGAAUUUGUGGCGAUCCGCAUUCAGUUCUUCGAUUUGCGUUUGUUGAGUUUGCUGAUGACCAGGGCGCACGAGAAGCUUUAAGCCUUGGUGGAACAAUGCUCGGGUUCUACCCGGUGAGGUCAAAAACUGCCAUUCUACCAGUGAAUCCCACAUUUCUUCCAAGGUCAGAAGAUGAAAGGGAGAUGUGCACAAGGACAAUCUAUUGCACAAAUAUCGACAAGAAGGUUUCUCAAGCUGAUGUGAGAAACUUCUUUGAGUCUGCAUGUGGUGAGGUAACUCGCCUGAGGCUUCUUGGCGAUCAAUUGCAUUCAACUCGCAUAGCUUUUGUUGAAUUUACUCUGGCAGAUAGUGCACUUAGGGCGCUUAAUUGCAGCGGGAUGGUCGUUGGAUCCCAACCGAUAAGGGUAAGUCCAUCAAAGACACCAGUGAGGCCAAGAAUCACUCGACCACCAUCGACCAACUAGAAAGAGGCCCGACUAGCUGACUGCAAACAUUUCAUUUCUUUCAGCAAUUGUUUUUUCCAUUCUCUACGUUUCAGAACAGUUAUCUCAAGUUUUAGUAGCUGGAAACACUAUGAUCCUGCUUCUGAAUUUGGAGUUCUUGUUAGGCUCUGUCUUUUCGAGUUCCAGUGAGAUACUUUCAUCUGUUUCAUCAUCUUUCUCUCUUAAGGGAUUUUUGGAGCA